GACUUUCACUCAUAAUGAAGACUUUAAAUGUUUAAUAAAUGGGAUGAAUGUAAGCUCCUGACAGGGUAAAUUGCUUUCUGUGGAUUCAGUGGUAAAAUAUGCUGGCUACCACCCCUGGAGUUCGCUAGCUCGCUAGUUCGAAUCCCAGGGCGGGCUGAGUGACUCCAGCCAGGUCUCUUAAGCAACCAAAUUGGCUCGGUUGCUCGGGAGGGUAGUCACAUGGGGUAACCUCCUCAUGAUCGCAAUAAUGUGGUUCGUUCUCGGUGGGGCGCGUGGUGAGUUGAGCGCAGAUGCCGCGGUGGAUAGCGUGAAGCCUCCACAUGCGCUAUGUCUCCGUGGCAACGCGCUCAACAAGCCACGUGAUAAGGUGCGUGGGUUGACAGUCUCAGAAGCGGAGGCAACUGGGAUUCGUCCUCCGCCACCCGGACUGAGGCGAAUCACUACACGACCACGAGGACUUAAAAGCACAUUGGGAAUUGGGCAUUCCAAAUUAAAAAAAAAAAAAAAGAAAGGUGGGAACCAAGAAUAUUGAUGAAGUCACCUUAAACACAAAAUACACACACAAAUCAACAAAUUAAAAUCUAUGUGCGUGUUAAAAGAUGUCUGCCACGUGUUCACAUAUACCCAGCUUGAAUUUCAUGACUACUAUGGGACUGUUCCAUUAUCGACACUCAUGACAGUCAAGUGGUACAGUAUAAUUACAAUAUCAUAAUAGACAUAUCAUUUAGACACUGGCACCAGCUCAAACACUUAACAAUAACUACCUAGUCUACUGGCCCCUUGAAACCACGAUCUUUGAAGGAACAUAUUCACUGUUCCACUUUGAAGGUAUAGUUAGCUAACUUCCUAUUUGAACUUGUUGGUCUACCUUUGGGCUGUCAUUUUAUCAACAGAUGCUCGAACAUAACUUUUCACUACAGCUGGUUCACAAAUAUGCCGAGUCCAUGUACUAGUAUGGAGCAACAGUUUGUGUGUGCAAUGUUUAAUGAUUAUUAUUGGGAAGAAUUUAUAUUGUAAUCUUUAGAGAAUAGCUAAAUUAUUAUUUUUUUUACUGUAAAAAUGUACUUACAACAAGUACACAGGCCAGGGUCAAGUCUAUAAACUGGCUGUUCAAUGAACAUCUGAAAGGUUUAAAAACACGAAUAUAGUCAUGGAUUGCAUGCAGAAAAGAAUAGAGAAUGGUUUAUUUUCCCUUAGAAUUUAUUUUUAUUUUCAUCAAACAGUUUAAUGUUCAUCACAAUGUUCUUGUACUCUAGAAUAGAUAAAUGCCUAAAUGUGUAGAGUCUCUUAACACACACUAAACACUACAACUGUGAUGCUGGUUGCUUUGGCUUUGAUCUGCAGCAUUUUGGCACAGUCCUGUUAACGUGUUCAGACCUGUCACCAUUAAGCUUUUGCUUCACCCUCCUGCAGCCACCCAGCAAGAGACAUUUUGUGUGGGGGCUGUCAAGUAAUUUCAAUUAGACUUUUAAACAGACAAUUAAACUAUCAGAUCUGGGAACAAAGUUACUUUUAAACUUUUGCUCUCAGAAAACAAAUCACUUUUAACAUUCAACAUUUCAAAAUGUAUCCACAUUUUACAUUAUAUCUCACAGAGGGAAAGACAGCUGACAUUUCAGCAAAAUUGUAUUAAGCUCCUGAAAGCUAGAGGGCAGCAUUUGACCAAUUUUAAAACCGUGGAGGCCUAACGCAACAGUAUUGAUUUGUUAAAAACAAACUAAAAAAGGAGAUUAAGACUCCAUCACUGAAUGAUAGCUGAUGUUCUCUAAAUUUUCAAUAAUUCAUUCUUUAUCAACAGUUUUAAAUGUGUUAACAUUAUGGAUUAGAAGUUUAAUGGGAGGCCUUUUCUGAAUUUAGAUUUAUUUAUGGAGUAGGUCACUUGCUUGAUUCUGAUGUGUUUCCUAUUUCUGAACCCCAGUGUGUGAUUCUGCUUACAGUCCUAUUAGCACAUAUUGACUGUAUUGCGUAUGACUGUGUGUAGCAGUGUUUGUGAUGCAUCAGUACAUGCACACUGAGCCUGAGGGGCUGUGUGUACUGUAGACCUGUAUGUCUCUGAUUGGAUGUGUAACUGUCUGUGCAUACACAUUUUAAUGAUUGUAAGUGUGUGUGGGCAGGUUUAAGUGGUUUACGAGGAAAAAAAAAUUAGGGUAUAAACUGGUAAUUACAAGGGUAUUAUGCUAUAAAUGUGGUUUAUGAGGACAUUUCUAGUGUCCCCAUAAUUUAAAUAGCUUAAAAAACAUACUAAACAAUGUUUUAUUGAAAAUGUAAAAAUGCAGAAAGUUUUUUGUGAGGGUAGGUUUAGGGUUAGGGUUAGGGGAUAGAAUCUAUAGUUUGUACAGUAUAAAAAUCAUUAUGCCUAUGGAGAGUCCUCAUAAUGAUAGCUGCACCAACGUGUGUGUGUGUGUGUGUGUGUGUGUGUGUGUGUGUGUGUGUUUGUGUGUGUGAAUACUGGACCCCUCACUCUCUCAGUAACAGUUCACUGUUCGCUGUACAUAGCAAAACAUGCGUCACAACAAUUCUAAUGCAAACUCUACUACUAUUGGCACACAAACCCUGGACACAGGUGAGUGAGACCUAUAGCAGGCAGAGAGAGCAAAUAGAACACAGCCUUGUUAUGAAAGAAUCUUCUGGCCUUUUAUUAUAGAUCUUGACUCUUGACUGAUAUUUGUGAGUUAAUAUAUACACUAAGGCAGAGAGAACAUGUAUAUGAAAAAGUUUGGAAGAAGACUUGAAAGACCAGUGUGGUAAAUAACAUGUCUGUGAUAUAGACUGAAAUUAAGGGAAAUAGAAUCCAUGCACAAUCAAAAUAAUCUCUUUCUGCUUCUUUGCUCUCUGUAAAGUUUUGACAGGAAAAGAAAAAAGAGUUUUCAAAUAUUCUCUCUCUAAUGUCUGUCUGACCCUCUAAAGGGCAAAUAUUGAAUAAAUGACACUCACGUCAAUCAAAAGCUAUAAAUCUGGGUGUUCAGUAUGAGUGUCAGCUUUGGUGUAAAAAAAAAAAAAAAAAAAGAAAAAGAAAAAGAAAUGUCUAAAAAAAAAAAGAAAAAAGCAAAAAAAAAAAAAAACUAUACAUCAUUUCAAAGGUCUAAGAUGUCAAGUUUUAAUAUUUUACAAUAUAAAUCUUAAAGGAGUUGGGAGAUAAAUAUACAGUAUAAUAAAUCUGAACAUAACCAAGUUAUGGUCUAAAAUGUCUGUCUACACACACUCCCCUUUUUUUAAGACAUAAGGAUGGUAUAUAUGUACUGUGCUGUUUAUAAAAAUAUAAUUACAGUGAUGUGACUGAUGUGUUGCACAGUUCUAACUGUAAUUACAUAACAUACAGGACAUUAGUGAGACAGGAAGUGACAUCAGAAUGUGGGCAAAAACUAACAGCGAUUCUGAGAAAAAAAAAAAGAAGAAAAAAAAAACUCCACACUAAAUGUGGUUGGAUAAUAUGCUAUACACAGCAGAAACAGCAGCAAGAGUGGUAUGGUAGCAUGCCAUUCUGAAAUCAGACUGUUCCUAUCUUUUAUUCUCUCUCUCUCACACUCUCUCUAUCUCUCUCUCUCUCUCUCUCUCUCUCUCAGUUCUAAAUGGGCAGUGGAUUCCUGUGCUUCUUUACAUAAACUUGACUACAAAUAUUUAAUCAAUCUAGAUAGGGUCAUGGCAAUAAUAAAGAACACAGUCCCUUCCUGAGCAGUUCAGACUCAGCAUCAAAGAGGAAUGACUACUACGACAGAAACUUGGCCCUGUUUGAGGAAGAGUUGGACAUUAGGCCGAAGGUCUCCUCUUUCCUAAGCCGGCUGGUCAGUUACACAAAUGUUACUCAGGGAGCCAAAGAGCAUGAGGAGGCAGAGAGUGCCGAUGCAUCCAAGAGGAAACCCCCCAAGUCUCCGAAUAUGGGCACACUGAUGGGAGUCUAUCUGCCAUGUCUGCAGAACAUCUUUGGUGUGAUUCUCUUUCUGCGCCUCACCUGGAUAGUUGGCACAGCAGGUGUCAUCCAGUCCUUCUUCAUUGUUCUCAUGUGCUGUUCCUGUACAAUGUUAACAGCAAUAUCGAUGAGUGCUAUUGCCACAAAUGGUGUAGUACCAGCUGGUGGGGCUUAUUUCAUGAUAUCCCGGUCUCUGGGUCCUGAGUUUGGUGGUGCAGUUGGUCUCUGUUUUUAUUUGGGCACAACCUUCGCUGCUGCCAUGUACAUACUGGGAGCAACUGAAAUAUUUUUGACAUAUUUGAUUCCUCAGGCCGCCAUAUUCCAUCCCAAAGAUAUUCAUGCAGGAAAUGGUACAUUGCUAAAUAACAUGCGGGUGUAUGGCACAAUUUGUUUGAGCCUUAUGGCUGUGGUUGUCUUUGUGGGGGUCAAGUAUGUCAACAAGUUCGCCUCCCUUUUCCUGGCCUGUGUCAUAAUCUCCAUUGUUUCCAUCUAUGCCGGAGCUGUCAAAUCCAUCUUCCAUCCUCCUGAGUUUCCGAUCUGCAUGUUAGGAAACAGGACUUUGGCCCAGGAUCUUUUUGAUGUGUGUGGGAAGACAGAAGUUGUCGGUAAUGACACGGUUCCCAGCAAGCUGUGGAAUAAUUUCUGCAGCUCUGAGAAUUCCAGCACAGCUCAUUGUGAUGAGUACUUCGCGCAAAACAAUGUUACAAAGAUCCAAGGUAUUCCUGGGAUGGCCAGUGGCAUCAUCAAAGAAAACAUGUGGGGGGAUUACAUGGAAAAGGGGCAGAUUCUAGAGAAGGCGAGUCUGACCUCUGUUGAUGUGCACGGCUCCAUGGAGAGCUUUGGCUUCUACGUGACUGCUGACAUUGCCACUUCCUUCACCCUCUUGGUGGGAAUAUUUUUUCCCUCUGCUACAGGCAUUAUGGCAGGAUCAAACAGAUCUGGAGAUCUGAGAGAUGCACAGAAGUCUAUACCAAUAGGGACAAUUCUGGCUAUUAUCACUACCUCUCUUGUCUAUUUCAGCUCUGUGGUUCUGUUUGGGGCCUGUAUUGAGGGUGUGGUGCUGAGAGAUAAAUUUGGAGAUGCAGUCAAUAAAAACUUGGUCGUUGGCACUCUUUCGUGGCCCUCGCCCUGGGUCAUUGUGAUCGGCUCCUUCUUCUCUACAGUGGGUGCAGGGCUUCAGUCCCUGACAGGAGCUCCCCGCCUCCUGCAAGCCAUUGCCAAGGAUAACAUCAUUCCUUUCCUAAGAGUGUUUGGGCAUAGUAAAGCUAACGGAGAGCCCACAUGGGCUCUGCUGCUUACAGGACUCAUAGCAGAACUUGGUAUCCUCAUUGCUUCACUGGAUAUGGUCGCUCCUAUUCUCUCCAUGUUUUUCCUGAUGUGUUACCUUUUUGUAAACUUGGCGUGCGCUGUACAAACACUUUUAAGAACACCAAAUUGGAGACCAAGGUUUAAAUACUACCACUGGACUCUGUCUUUUCUGGGCAUGAGUAUGUGUUUAGCACUUAUGUUUAUCUCCUCUUGGUACUAUGCCAUUGUAGCAAUGGGCAUUGCUGGUAUGAUCUACAAGUACAUUGAGUAUCAAGGAGCAGAAAAGGAAUGGGGGGAUGGGAUUCGUGGGUUGUCUCUCAGUGCAGCCCGUUACUCUCUCCUUCGCCUGGAGGCUGGACCACCCCACACCAAAAACUGGAGGCCACAGCUGCUGGUUCUGCUGAAGUUGGAUGAGGACCUACACGUGAAGUAUCCCAGAAUGCUUACUUUUGCCUCACAGUUGAAGGCAGGAAAAGGCCUGACUAUCGUGGGAUCAGUGAUACAGGGCAACUUCUUGGAAUGCUAUGGGGAAACACAAGCCUCAGGACAGGCAAUAAAGAAUAUGAUGGAGAUUGAGCGGGUGAAGGGGUUCUGUCAGGUGGUGGUCGCCUCCAAAGUGAGAGAGGGGAUUGCUCACCUGAUCCAGUCCUGUGGUCUGGGAGGCAUGAAGCACAACACAGUCGUUAUGGGUUGGCCAUAUGGCUGGAGACAGAGUGAGGACCCACGGGCUUGGAAAACAUUUAUCAAUACAGUCCGCUGUACUACAGCUGCCCACCUGGCUCUGAUGGUUCCAAAGAAUGUGUCAUUCUAUCCCAGCAACCAUGAGCGCUUCACUGAUGGCUACAUUGAUGUCUGGUGGAUUGUUCAUGAUGGUGGAAUGCUUAUGCUCCUGCCUUUCCUACUCAAACAGCAUAAGGUCUGGCGUAAAUGUAAGAUGCGAAUCUUCACUGUGGCCCAAAUGGAUGAUAACAGCAUUCAGAUGAAGAAGGACCUGGCAACCUUCUUAUACCAGCUUAGAUUAGAAGCAGAGGUGGAGGUGGUUGAGAUGCACAACAGUGACAUCACAGCGUAUACUUAUGAGCGGACACUGAUGAUGGAACAGAGGUCACAGAUGCUAAAACAGAUGAGGCUAUCCAGUGCAGAAAGAGACAGAGAGGCCCAGCUCAUUAAAGACAGACACUCAUUAGUAAGAAUGGGCAGCCUGUACUCAGAUGAAGAGGAGGAAACAAUUGAAGUAUUACCAGAGAAAAACCAGAUGACAUGGACCAGUGAAAAGAUGGAAGCAGAGAGACGAAACAGAAACAAUGCACCAGAAAAUUUCAGAGAACUAAUUAGCAUUAAACCUGACCAGUCUAAUGUUCGGCGGAUGCACACAGCUGUGAAGCUGAAUGAGGUUAUUGUUAAUAGGUCCCAUGAUGCCAGACUGGUUCUGCUGAACAUGCCCGGUCCUCCACGCAAUCAAGAGGGAGAUGAAAACUAUAUGGAAUUUCUUGAGGUGUUGACUGAAGGUCUAGAAAGAGUACUUCUUGUAAGAGGUGGAGGACGUGAGGUCAUCACCAUAUAUUCCUAACAGACCAAAGAUCAAUACAUAGGCCUAAAUACAUUUUUUAAAAAGUGUUAUUUAAAAUUAUGCGUACUGAACUACACACCAUCUUAUGCCAGCCUAGACAUAUCUGUCAUGAUUAUAAAGGGGCACUGAUGUGCACAACCAGAUAAAUUAAUUUCACUUCAAAUCCUUCAAUGCAUGUUUGGGCUGUUUCAAAUGUGUACCUUUCCAAAUGAACUCAUUCCACCUUCAUACCAUUACAAUUAGUUCUGAAUUUAGGCCAUGAUUGCAACACAUGAAAAUAAUAACCUUUUAUUCUAGCAACAGCAAUCCUUGUGUAAAAAUGAGUACAGAAUAUCUCUGUUAACAGUAGAGCGUUUGCCAGCAGCAAUACAUAUCUGUGAUGAUGAUGAAGCAAAAAGUACUUUCAACGUCAACAAUAUUAGAGGCAAUUAAGACUUGGGUAACUCAUCAAGAAAACUGUAACAAUUCAUUAUAUUUGAAACCUUAACAUUUUUGUACACAACAUGAAACAUUGUUUUAUACACUAUGACAACAUGCAAAGGAGGAAGACUUUAUCAUGACUCUAACUGGAAAAGUUAACAAAUGAGUGUUCCAGAUACAUCCAAGACAGUCAUUCAGAACACAAGUGCUGAAAUUAAAUUUCCACGGGUUCUUGUAAUUAUUUUAUUUAUUUUGUCCUUAUUAUUUAUUUGUAGAAACGCCCAUUAUUGUAUUGAAAGUAUUAGCUUCAGAAAAUAACCAAAGGAACAGGGGCCUGAUUCACAAAACGUUCUUAAGAUAAUUCUGCUUAACUUCCCAUUUUCUUCUUAAUUUCUAACUUAAGAAAAUUGUUAAGAAUGUUCUGUAUUCCCAAAAAAAUUUCCUAAGAAAGUUCUUAUAUUUUUUCUUAAGAUUGUUCUUAACAAAAAACUUGUUCUUAAAACAUUUUUUUUUUUUCUCUCUCAAAAAUUGUCGUAAAUAACAUCUUAAAAGUUAGGCUAACCACCUCACAGUUAUCUUAAAUCCCUAAAGGUAAGAUGUUUAAUGAAUUUACUGGGUUGCUUCAAAUGUGACGCAUUCUAUAAAAUUGAGUCAGAGGUCGCGAUGGGCUAUUUAUACAGAAGUGUGAUUUUAGACCACAACACGUUUUUGAUUGUUCUGUGUUUUAAGUCAUUUUUAUUUUCAGAUUUCAAACCAUAUAAAUGUCAUCAUGAAAUUCAAACAAUCAAAACUGAAGCUUAAUUCUUAAUGUGGCUAGUCAGUUCAAUAAAGCGAUAUCUCGUCGCAAUCGUAAGAGUCCAUAGAAACUUCCAGAAUUUACAUAAAAAAAUUAUAGCUUAGUGCUAUAUUAGUGCUUGCUACCUCAAAAAAAGGUUAAUAGAAAGAUACAGAGAAAGACAUUUCAUUGUAAAUUAACUGUUCUUUUCAACAUACUGCACAUGCAUUUUAGUGCAAAACUCAAACAUUUUGGAUACUAAUACAUAAUUUUUAUUCUUUCUGUAGGGCAUGAUGACUAUACAGACAAAAUUUAAUGUUUGUUAAACAAAUAUAAUUAUUGGUUAUUGGUCAUAAUGUUCUAUGAACUCCCUGUAUAUUGUUUUAUGUUAUAAGAUUAAACACUUGAAACAAGCAGUUGAAAAAUAAAUAAAAUAAAAAGUUCCAAUAAA